GACCUACCACUCGCAAUGGCCAUUGCCACUAAAUAUUCUUCUCCUCCAUCUCCUCUGUCUCCUCUCUCUGCCCUGCUCUUUUCACUUGGCCUGGGAAACCCCGCAGACACAUUAAUUAAGUUGGUACACUCCAUCUCUUGGCUGAUAUACAUCACUUAUAUAUAUAUAUAUAUAUAUAUAUAUCCCGUCGACAAUGAGGCUCUCCUUGCGACCGGUUCACCCGUGCAAGUUCACUCUCUCGGAGAGCCCGGCCGUGCGCUCUUGCACAACCACAGUCCAGUCCGCGAGGUUGAAAAAGACCUCACCGGACAUCCACACUAAGAAAACUCUAGAGCAUUUACUUCACCCGCUCGAGCACCAAACCUCAAGCUACAAUGAUGCGAGGCCCGUGCCCGUCAGGCUUGGCAGAAGAUGGAUGGAGUACCAAGGCAUACGCAACUGGGAUGGGCUCCUCGACCCACUGGACGAUAACUUGAGGUGCGAGAUCCUACGAUACGGGAAUUUCGUCGAAGCAGCCUACAAGGCCUUUGACUUUGACCCAUCGUCCCCGAUGUAUGCGAGCCGGAAGUUCUCCAAGGCAUCAUUGUUCGAACGGUGCGGUCUGCCUGACACUGGGUAUCGGAUAACUAAGAAUUUGCGGGCGACCUCGGGGAUUGAGUUGCCCGGUUGGGUUGAGAAGGCUCCGAGUUGGGUGGCCACCAAGUCCAGCUGGAUUGGUUACGUUGCUGUUUGUGAGGAUAAACGGGAGAUCGCGAGGCUCGGGAGGAGGGACAUUGUGAUCGCUUAUAGAGGAACAGCCACUUGUUUGGAGUGGCUUGAGAAUCUACGUGCAACUCUCACUCACCUUCCAUCAGUAAAUGGAAAUAACAAAUUAGGAGCUGGUGGAGACGUAAGCUGCAGCCAGCCGAUGGUGGAGAGUGGCUUCUUGAGUCUCUACACCUCUCGAUCCCCCGCAUUCCCGAGUCUACAAGAAAUGGUCAGGGAAGAGAUCAUGCGGCUCCUCCACUCAUACCGGGAUGAGCCAUUAAGCCUGACCAUAACUGGACAUAGCCUUGGGGCUGCACUCGCCACGCUUACGGCAUAUGACAUACAAAAGAACUUCAGUCGUCAGGCCCCACUUGUCACAGUGAUCUCAUUUGGUGGGCCCCGGGUUGGUGACUGGGCCUUCCGGAGCCAGUUGGAGAGGCAAGGCACAAGGGUCCUACGAAUAGUGAACUCCGACGAUGUAAUCACCAAGGUUCCUGGCUUCACCAUGGACGACAGAGAUGAUGCCCCAAGUAAUGUGGCAGACUUCCCGAGAUGGAUCCGCCGGUGCAUAGCGGACACCCAAUGGGUCUAUGCCGAGGUGGGAAAGGAGCUCCGGCUCUGCAGCAGGAACUCUCCUUACCUGAAGGGGAUCGAUGUUGCCACGUGCCAUGAUCUGAAGACAUACUUGCACCUGGUGAAUGGCUUUGUGAGCUCAAAGUGUCCCUUCAGGGCCACGGCCAAGACGCUUCUAACUCGCCAUUUUAGCACGGAAAGAGUUGGUUCACACUAGUAACCUAGAGUCGGGACGUAUGUAUAUAUAUGGUACUUCCAAUUUUUUUGUACGUAGAAGAUCAUAUGCUAGCUAGUUUGUACAGAGUGAAUUUUUUGGGGGCCAAAUCUGGGGGUAUAUUCAGGAAAAUGCCUCCUUUCUUACCAAAAAGAGUAAUCCGCAUUAGAUUGCUCAUUAUGGAGAGCACAAAGCAGCAGUGGCUAAUACAACACUUCUUGCCUGCUUUCCUUAUA